GUCUCUCCGGAUCAUCCAUUGUAUCCCUGGCCAUCGAAAGCACAUUUCAUUACAUCCCUUUUGUUUAGCUCCCCAUGGCUUCCGUUCUCUGAAGUCCAAAAGAAGGCGGUCCUGAAUUGGGCCAAAGAACUUGGCAUCCGGAACCUUCCCUCACUUGGCGCGAUGAAGAAGUGUCAGAGUCACCUACAGGAUCUCGUGGGCGACCCGACUGAGAAGGUCACAUCUCACUCCAGAAACACAUUCUACAUCAACAGUGUUGCGAAAGCAAUUGCGAAGGACUAUGCUAAUCCCCUCACUCAUCUCGCAAUGCAAGACUAUCCAGAGGAUGGUGGAAAGGGGAUGUCACAAGUAUUCAACGGGAAGAAAAUGUUGUUUGAUCUCCCAUCGCCACCAGUGGUUCAGGAGGACAGGACCGUGUAUUUUACAGACGAAUUGUUGCAGGAGUCUUCGGGAGGCUAUUUCAUCCCAAAACAAUUCUUU